UCACGAGAAACCGCCGUGUGUUGUUUCAGUCCUGUCACUGAGUGUAAUUAAAGGUGAGAAGUAUUCUUAGCAGUAAAAGCGCUAUGCUAGUGCAGCUAGCCUGCUAGCGUUAGUGCCGGAGGUUCUGUGAGCUGGUUCUGAUUCGCUCUGGUUCUGGCAGGAGGAGAGGAUGGAAAAGCAGGCGGAUAAAAACCCAAAGAGACAGAGAGACCCGCUGGAGGAGAACAUCCCCGCCUCUAAUGAGCUCGAGGCGGUGUUAAAGAGACGGCGCUUGGCUGCAGGAGGAGUCGAGAAUCAUAACCCCGAGCAGCGAGCUGUGAGGUCUCCGGCCCGGUCGCGGCACGUGGAGUCGGAGGUGAAACCGGACACGCCCGCCAUCGCCUCGGUCCGACUCCGAGUUCAGCAGCUCGCCCAGAGACGGGAUGGUGGGGCUGCGCUGGUCCAGCGCUGUAUGUCAGACCCCGGGGCAGAGAGUCCCUCCAGCACUUUACUGCGAGACGUCUGUCACAUCGGUGAAGGAGAGUUUAUCUCUCGGUUGGAGCGCUUUAAGACCCCGACCCCAGAGAGCAGCCCCGCCCCGGCCACGCCCAGCACACGCCAGCUCUCCAGCUUUGUCCACAACAUGCAGCAGCAGCUCAACGCCACCGCGACCCCCAGCAGCAAGGAGGCGUCCCGCAUACGCCAGGCUCGAGAGGAUGAGCUGAAGUCACUCAGGGUGCAGCCUCUCACAGAGAACAUGUGGCUCAAGAGGAGCUUCUCUGACCCUUCACUGGCUGAGAGAGUUACGCCUCCGAGCAGCUCUUGCGUUUGCCAGCGGACCAGAGCAAUGCCUUGGCCUCCAUUACAGUUUGAGAACGACGACUCCAGCAUCGAUUUCAAAGAAUCUGAAUGCAGUUUAAACUUCAGUGGCGUGAAUGAGACGAUGGGAGACAGUUUCAGCAUCUCGUCUACCUUCACUGCAGAGACACAGCCUCCUGCUACAGCGCUUUGUGCUCCAGAUUCCGUGGUGCGUCCUCAUGAGGGAAUGAGCACUUCUGCCUUAAUCGACAAGAUGUUCGAAGACGUCUUGCAGGCCGCCGACAGAGAAGAGGAAGAAGAGAAAGAGGAAGAAGAGCGAGGGAAUGACACCGCCGACAGAGAAGAGGAAGAAGAGAAAGAGGAAGAAGAGCGAGGGAAUGACACCGCCGACAGAGAAGAGGAAGAAGAGAAAGAGGAAGAAGAGCGAGGGAAUGACAGCAGUGUGUCUGAGAGCAGAGAGGAAGCUGACGUGGAGACUGCUGAAACUGAGCCGAAGUUGAAAUCUCCGAGUCCUAGCCCUGGAGGAGAUGCAGAAGCUUGUGACGGAGAACAGAAAGAGUGCGAGAACUGGAACGAAGAAGAGGAAGUGGCUGGAGAGAGAGAGGAGAGCGCAGUGUGUAAUGAGGAAGACUUCCUGUCUCUCCCGCCGAGCUGCGUCCUCUCUCCCCUCAGCAAGUCUGUCGAAGCCGUCGUCACGCCGAUGAGGUUGACUGCCACUGCGCCUCCUCCCAUGGUGCCGUGUGAUCCUGCAGAGGAAGAGGCCACGCCCCCUGCGCCACCUCUGUACAGUAUUGAUGCGUACCGCUCUCAGAGAAAGAUUCCUCCUCCGUCCUCUCAGAGUGUUACUCCUGGAGUUCAGAAACAGCGUGGUGAGAAAUCUCGCAUCAAACCGACCGUCAACACCAAGGAAACCAUAAAGGCUCUCAGUGACGAGGCGUCCAAGCUGCAGACUGUUAUAAACCAGACUCUCCAGGCCCUGAGCUGCUGCAGUGAUGAAGAACACGGCAAAGGAUCUCUGCAGGAGGCAGAAGCUGAGAAACUCCUGCUUGUUUCCAGUGAGAAGCGUGCGGCUCUGCUGGCCGAGAUCAGUCGCCUGAGAGAGGGAGGAGCGGGACGAGAGCCGGACCUCCACCCUGUCCGUCUGCAGCCCUGUAGAGGCACCGUCAGCAUCAACAACAUCCAGCUGCCCCUCAAGGUGGAGUUUGUGUGCUCCGCCCGCACAGCUCGUCCUACUCACUACUUUUUCAUCCUGAUCCGUUACGGAGCGUGUAACAUCGUGGCCACUCCGCUGGCGACUGCUGCUGACGCUGAGAACGGAGACACCAUCACCUUCCCCACCUCCAUCACACUGCAGGACAUUCGCUCUAACUUUGAGAUUGAUGUAGAAGUCUACAGCCUGUGCAACAGCGCAGCGAACAGCAGCAGCGCUAACGUUCAACAGCACCGCAGUUCCACUCGAUCAAAAGCGACACCAAAGAAGCUACUCAGCAGCAUUAAGAAAUCCAACCCGUGUUCCACUACUGGAGCUUCAUCUGCUCUGGAUCCUCAGCGCUCCAGUAACUUCUCUCUAGUGGGUUCUCACAAGAUCACGCUCUCCUCGCUGGGGCAGAGCAAGUUCCUGCUGGACAAGAUGAAGUUUGAGGGCAAAAUCAGGCGACUCCUGGGAGAUGAGUUUCAGGAAAAGGUGCCCUUCCUGUCUCCCCUGGAGGGUCACAUCUACCUGCGGCUGCACAGUGACAGUCACUCCAACGUACAGCACCAAGGAUUUCUGACCAUGUUUGAGGAUGUGAGUGGGUUUGGAGCGUGGCAGCGUCUCUUCUUUAAGCUAGAAGGAGGUAUUCUGUAUUACUGGAACUACCCCAAUGAGACGAGCGGCAAGCCAGCAGAGGGCAGCAUCUCUCUGUGUGGCUUUGACAGCGUGAGGCCUGUGGAGAGGGACUCCUGCGCCCGGCCUCACACCUUUGAACUGGUGAACUCUAGGACCCUGCAGCAAGACCAAAGCCACACCUUAACCAAGAGCUGGUUCUCAGCAGACACUCGUGAGGAACGAGCAGACUGGAUGGAGAAGCUGAACCAGGUGCUGCUGGACCUCCACACAUGGAGCCGGCGAGCUGCUGGAGGAGAGAACGACCGAGCCAACAUCUCGUCUAUCACGGCAACGUCACGGGAAAGCGUCCUGUAGCACGUUACUGAUACACACACUGACACCAGAUACACCUGUGAAAGCAAUUAUCACUCAGUGUGAAGAGUAAAACACCCCGAGUCUGACGGACCGAGCAGCUUAGAGCCGUGUGAGAGUGUGAGAGUGUGAGAGUGCGUGAGGGUGCGUGAGGGUGCGUGAGGGUGCGUGAGGGUGCGUGAGGGUGCGUGAGAGUGCGAGAGAGUGCGAGAGAGUGCGAGAGAGAGUGCGAGAGAGAGUGCGAGAGAGAGUGCGAGAGAGUGUGAGAGAGUGUGAGAGAGUGUGAGAGAGAGUGUGAGAGAGUGUGAGAGAGUGUGAGAGAGUGUGAGAGAGUGUGAGAGAGUGUGUGAGAGUGCGUGAGAGUGCGUGAGAGAGCGUGAGAUUCUACAUGUUUUAAACAUCACAGUGUAACAGUAAUAUCUCCACACUGAUUCACACAACAAAGCUCCAGUGUGAUGAUACAAAGCUACUAAUACUUUACAUUUAUCUUAUAUUCUGAGUGGAAGCGGAUUUUUGUUCUCUCUCUCUCGCGCGCUCUCUCUCUCUCUCUCUCUCUCUCUCUCUCUCUCUCUCUCUCUCUCUCUCUCUCUCUCUCUCUCUGUGUGUGUGUGUCUCUUUCUCUCUCUCUCUCUCUGUCUCUGUGUGUGUCUCUCUCUCUCUCUCUCUCUCUCUGUCUCUGUGCAUGUGUGUCUCUCUCUCUCUUUCUCUCGCUCUCUCUCUCUCUCUCGCUCUCUCUCUCGCUCUCGCUGUCUCUCUCUCUGAUCAGUCUCGGUGGAGGUCCAUUUUCUCAGGUUUAAUGAAGAAAAAUGUUCAUAAGUACGUUAACGGUAUUGUGGGUCCUUUUUCGCACCGUGUAGGUGUUUAUUAUUAUCAGCUCUAUUUUGCGUAAGAAGGGAGAAUCAGUUUUAUUUGCACAUGUGAAGUGCGUAAUCUUUACUAAAUCCUCUUAUUUCAACAGAGUAUUCCAAUUUUUUAUUUUAUUGCCUUUCAUAACAAAUCUUUGCUGAUUACAGAUUCACUCUAUCAGUGUUUAGAUUGUAUAAUGAGGUUGAGUUUUUUUCUAUAAGCCUUAUAUUCUGUAAUUAUCGCCUAUGUUCAGGAGAGACACUAACAUCAGGGGAGAAAUGAAGCAACACUACAGAUUAAAUAAUUAUCUGGUUUUUUGUGCAUUAGUGAUGGCUGUGGUGUUUGUGGAUUGUUGAGCAGCGGCUUGUUUUGGAUUAAACACUAAAUUAUAUAAAUUAUAUACUGGACUGUUAAUUAGCACACAAUAUAAACGAGUGUAUUGUUUACUUGUUUACUCUUCUGUGUUUCCUGUUUCUGUAUGUUAUUUUCUCCUGUCCACUGACUGUAUGUUAAACUCUGCUAUAGCUCCUACAGAAUAAAUAUGGCUAAUACGACCUACACGUAGGAGUUUAUUGUUUUCUGAAAUUGCGCUUCUUUCUCUUCAUCCUGAUUUUACGUUCCAGCCGUUGUAAAGUUUCUGGAAAAACCAAAACGCUAAAGUUUAUAAAAAAAAAAAAAAAUCAGUGGCAAGUGAAAAUAUCUUGAAUAUUGUCAGAUAUAUCUAGUAUUUCUGUUAAAGGAUUACAAUAAACCAAAUAUGAGAUUAUUAAACCUAUUUCUAGACAUUUUUGCUCAUAUCAAGCUUGAUAUUUUAUCAUUCUAUUAGCAGAUCCUUUUGAUUCUAUCUCGAAAUAAAUGCUUCAAAUGAGCAAAAUUAUCUAAUAAUACAAUAAGAAAAGUAAAAGCUUAAAAUGAGUAAAAAUGUGUAGACAUAGUUUUAAUAAUCUUAUAUUUGGAAAUAGGAAAUAUUACACAGAUCUGACAAUAUUCGAGGUAAUUUCACUUCCUAGAGUAAGAUGAUGUUUUUUGCAGUAUGUUUACAUUAAAACAAUGUUCAUGUGUAAACACAAAAAAAUGAAGAAAAUAAAACAUUACUGUAAUAUUCACAAUA